UCCCUUACACUAUCUCAAUCAUCUUCAUUCCUAAAAUCUACAUUACUCACUUGCAUUGCAUUUUGAACUUCUAUUGUGUUGUACUUCUAGGCUAUCUAUUAAUAUUACUAGCCAUGAGUUCUUCACUGAUUAAUUUUUCUAGCAAAUCUUAUGCUACUUUUGCUUCAUCCUUGCUUCUCAUGCUUUUGAUUUUGAAUUUAAACACACCUUGUAAUGCUAAGUUAUCUUCCACUUUUUAUGACCAAACCUGUCCAAAAGCACUCGGGGCUAUUAGAACUUCUAUUCGACAAUCGAUUUCACGCGAGCGUCGGAUGGCAGCUUCGCUUAUUCGCCUCCAUUUCCACGAUUGCUUUGUUCAGGGCUGUGAUGCAUCAAUCUUACUUGAUGAAUCAGCUACCCCUACAAGCGAGAGGAGUGCAGGGCCUAAUGCGGGUUCUGUAAGAGGUUUUGAAGUGGUAGAGGCUGCCAAGUCUGCGGUAGAGAAAGUAUGUCCAGGAGUUGUUUCUUGUGCAGACAUACUUGCAGUGGCAGCACGUGAUGCCUCCGUCUAUGUGGGUGGUCCUUCAUGGAAAGUGAAGCUUGGAAGAAGAGAUUCUACAAGUGCAAGUCGUAGUUUAGCAGAGAGUGAUCUUCCAAGUUUUGCAAGUACCCUUGACCAACUUAUCUCCAAAUUCAGUAAGAAGGGUCUCAAUGCAAGGGAUAUGGUAGCCUUGUCAGGAUCACACACAAUCGGCCAGGCACAAUGCUUUACAUUUCGCAACCGAAUAUACAACAAUGGUAGCAAUAUUGAUGCUAGCUUUGCUAGCACACGCCGUCGCGGCUGCCCUGCCACUACCAGUAGUGGAAAUAGCAAUUUAGCACCUCUUGAUUUGGUGACACCCAAUUCUUUUGACAACAACUACUUCAAGAACUUGAUUCAAAAGAAGGGUCUGCUUCAAAGCGAUCAAGUACUUUUCAACGGAGGAUCAACAGACAGUAUAGUGUCAGAAUAUAGCAAGAACCCUUCAAGCUUCAAAUCCGAUUUCGCAUCAGCAAUGAUCAAAAUGGGAGAUAUUAAGCCUCUCACUGGUCAAAAAGGGAUCAUAAGGAGGAUUUGCAGUGCUCUAAAUUAAGAUUGGUUUGGUAAAUGUUUAUUUGUUUAUUUAUUUUAAUUUUUUAGGAUAAAAUUGUUAAAAAGUUUGUGCGUUUGACAAACGUUAAAAUUUGGUUUUUGUUUUUUUGCUUUUUAUUUCCCUUUCAUUGAGUUUCAUUUGUGGGUGUUGGGUUUGCUUUGGUAUUUGUAGAGGAAUUUGUUCUAUUUUGUCAAACUGUGAAUCAAUUAUAAUAUUAAUGGUUUGGUUGUUUUUUUAUUU